UGCAGCAUCCCUGUCUCGCCACUCCUGUCUCCUCCUCCCGCCCGGCCCCAAGGACCAACCAUUCGUUGUCUUUUGUUUGCCGCGCGCCUAACAAAUCGAACUUGAUUUCUUUGUAGACUGACCACAUUGCUCAUCCAACAUGUCCUUUGCACUCUUUGCCAUGGCAAUGCUUUUUGGCUUUUCAGUGGUGACUCCAUUUGUCAUUCAUCCAUCCAGAGAAGAACCAGCAGCUUCAGCUGAUUCCACAGUUUCUCAUCACAGGCACCAGGAUGAGUCUCUGUGGUCCAUCAGGAAGAGCCUCCUCAGGGCUCUCAACAUGCAGAUGGAGCCCCGGCUGCCGGCCGGUGGGCUGGACAGCGUCCGGCAGCAAUGGCAGAAAACCUUUCGCGCCAUCCCUCAGAGCUCACAGGACACAAACAGUGAGUGGGAUCCAAACGGCCGGCCCUACGCUCAUUCAGUGGGAAUCAGUCCACAGUUAACUCCAGCUAAAGUUCACAAUGUCCUUCUUGCUGCAGCUGCCUCUGGCUACUCUGUGUCCCCUGACAGUGGAAACAGUACCAGCCUGAAGUGCUGCUCCACGGCCUCUGAGAUCUUCAUGAAAGAUCUGGGCUGGGACAGCUGGGUGAUCCACCCUUUGAGUCUGACCAUUGUUCAGUGUGCGCUGUGCCAAUCUGCAGAUGACACUGUGCACCAUGCACCAUCGGUCAACAGCAUUCAGGAUGGAAAUUCACAGGCCCCGUGCUGCCAGCCCACCUCCCAGGGGACGGUGCCCAUCGUCUACAUGGAUGAAACCAGCACCGUUGUGAUUUCUGACCUGCAGCUGACUCGCAGCUGUGGCUGUGGACCCGGCACCACCCACCAGCCCGACAAAGAGUAGCCGAACAGCUACCCCGUUUGACAUGAGCCACCUAAAGUAUCCAAACUAUCGUUAUGUACAGGCUAUCUCCUCCAGCAAUCACUCACUCUGAUGAUUGUGUCUCUAUCUUUGAUCGACACUCUGUGUUUUCAGAACUUAUCGUGGGAACCAAAGCAAAGUCUCGGUUUUGAAUUCCCACCGUACCAAUAACACCUUUGUUUAGCCUGGCAGACAUGGAACACAGCACACCUCAUUGGUAACCUACAUCUAUGUGCCUGUAUUAACCAACAAACAAGGUCAGACAAAAAAAUGAUUUUUUUAUAUGGAGGAAAAUUCAACUUCUCUGGCAGCAUGUGAAAUGUUUUAGCUGACAUUAGUGUGAUAAAUGGCCUCUCCUUCAAUAAAUCGAAUGAGGACAGGUCACUAUUUAUAGCUGGUAACGGUUACUGAGUGUUCCCUCCAAAAAUGUGAGACUUCUCUGUGCCAAACAGUCUCACACCAGUUGACUCUUCUCUGAUGUGUUAUCCCCUUAAGGCAUUUAAUGGGUAAGACUUCCAUUUACUCUUUGGAGGAAAGCAAGACACAGUUAAUUAGCUUGUAAAUUAUGCGGAGGCUUGUCGUUUUAAAGCUUCAAUGAAUGUGAGCUGAAAUGAACUAGUGGUGAGUUUAUGGAUUUAGGAAAAGUAGCAGACCUUGGAAAAACAGCAGAUUGUAGACCUCAGUGACUUUGCCAAAUCUGAUGUAACACAUAGGCUGAAGAAAUAUGGCAUCCAGUUAAGCUGUUUUAUGAUUUCAUGACCUUGGAAUAAAGAGUUUGGCACCAGUUGUGUUAAAAAUGGACUGAUGUGACAUGUGUUUCUGUCGUAGAAGAAACUAUUUUCCUUUAUUAGACUUUUAACGACAGUUAUCAUUUCAUUUCUGGGAUUUUUUUUUUAAUGAGAGACUGUUUUUAAUCAAUUUAAUUUUCAUUUAGCCUCCUAAAAAGUGUCUCAGCUCAGUUUUUUUCUCUGGUUGUGCAUUAAUAGAAAAUCUUUAGUUUAUGAUCAUAAAUAGAUUGUUAUAGUAAUUAUUUUUGUACUUUUUUAUGUCAGCUCUUUUGUUAAUUUCUUUUAAUGUUUAUUUGACACAUUUUGUUAUCUUUUAGCUAUUUCCACUCACUUUAUAGUUGUUAUACAGCAUUUGCCAUUCUUUUUUCUUAAUUGUUAUACUGUUCAGUUGAAUUUGCGCAUAUAUUACAAUUAUGAAUGACUGUUUAGCCAUCUCAAUCACUUGUACCAGUAUAAUUCAUUUCAAUAAAGAUUUAAAU